AAAUAAUAUUUUUAUUCAACAGUGAGCAGCCAUUGAUUUGAGUAUAGAAACCUCAAUAUAAUGUUGUCAUUUAUCCCUUCCAAAACCCCUGGAAGAAAUUACAGCCCUUUUUUGUAGAUCACCUCCCAAAAGAAUAGGGAUUCACUGAACAAACUCUGGUAAACACUCAAAUAUGCGAUUCCAUCUCAUUUCCAAUUUCACCCGCGCCGCCCUUGCCCAGCCCACGCGCCGCCGUUUAUCCUCGUUAUACGAUCAACAAUGCCGUCCGUACACCCCGUCCGUUCGCCGCCACCAAAACCACCAGUUCGCGAAGAAAACCAGGGUUUCUGAAACGACGCCGUCUGAAUUCUCUUCUCACUUUGCAGCACUUCUUCUACGCAGGUCUUACUCAUCGAAAUCUUCGAAUUCUGGCAUGGGGCUCCUCAGCUGGUAUUUGGGCGUGCUGGAAACGCGCCCAAUUUUGACGAAAAGCAUAUCGUCGGCUGUUAUUUAUGGGGCAGCUGACGUCACCUCCCAGCUAAUUACAAUGGAGGCGCAUAGCGCAUGGGACUCGAUAAGGACACUGAGAAUGGCCGCGUUUGGGCUAAUUAUUUUAGGUCCGGCACAGCAUUUAUGGUUUAAUUUCGUCGGGAGAGUUUUACCGAAGAGAGAUAUGGUAACUACAUUCAAGAAACUAGCAAUGGGACAACUUUUAUACGGACCUAUGAUUAACGGUGGUUUCUUCUCUUUCAAUGCAGCUCUACAAGGGGAAAGUGGGAACGAGAUUGGUGCAAGAUUGAAACGAGACCUGAUUCCGACUCUGCUAAACGGUCUUAUGUACUGGCCACUGUGUGAUUUCCUUACGUACAAAGUGAUCCCUGUUCAUCUGCAGCCUUUGAUGAAUAGUUCGUUUUCGUACCUGUGGACCAUUUAUUUGACAUACAUGGCAAGCUUAACCAAAGCUCUUCCUCACUGACUAAGUUGUUUUCUCUCUCUUUGUUCUUUGCACGUCUUUAUAUUUAUUACUCCAAGUUACAUUUAGUUUUCCAUCUAGUCUUUUUCGAUAACGAAUAUUAGUUAUUCUUCGAAUCGAUUUAGAAUAACGAAUUAAAUCGUAAAUGUAAUGCUGUAUGGUUACCACAAUUUGAUCGUUCCUUUUUUGAA